AUGUCUGACUACGGCGGAGACGACGACCGCGAACCUCUCAACGACGAGCCCGCCUUCGACGAAGACCCCGAUGAGUACUACGAGCCGGAACCCGAGCCCGCAGCCGACGACGAAGCCGGCCAGCUCGGCGACCAAGACGGCCUGGGCGCAAACGGCGGCGGCAACGGCGCAGCAGGCGAGACAGACCACGUCAUCGCGUCGGGCGACCCUAACGCGGCGGCCAACCAUGGCAAGGGCAACGAGAAAUCGCACAAGGACAAGAAGAUCCCGAGCGACCAGCGCACGACCACGCCGUUCAUGACCAAGUACGAGAAGGCGCGCAUCCUGGGCACGCGCGCGCUGCAGAUCAGCAUGAACGCGCCUGUGCUUGUGGAUUUGGAGGGGGAGACGGACCCGCUGCAGAUUGCUAUUAAGGAGCUGCGCGAGAAGAAGAUCCCGCUUAUUGUGCGGAGGUAUCUGCCUGAUGGAUACUACGAGGACUGGACCUGCGAGGAGCUCCUCCAAUGA